AUGAGAGCCCACACUGCUGCUCUGCUGGUCGCUCUGCUGGUGAUCUGUCACUCUGUUUAUGCAGCUAUCCUAGAAACCAACGGCUCCUAUAAGAGCUGCAGAUGCACAAAGCAGACUUCAGACUUCAUAUCGCCAAGGAGAUAUGAAAGUAUUGAGAUCGUUCCCUUUGGGGGUGCCUGCCGAACCACAGAAAUUAUACUCAAACUAAAAACAGGGCAGAAAUUGUGUGUGAAUCCCAAGGCCCCCUGGAUGCAGAAAUUGCUGACUAAGAUCCGUAACCAAAAGGAACAACCACCUUCCUCACAAGAUGAAUAGAAGCGUAAACAACUUGAGAAGGAAAAAGGAUGGAGGGCACAACCUGAUUGUUUCCUAAUUUUGCUUUUGCUGCUUCUUAUCUUUGUCUUGCUCAGCCCUCACAAUCAUUCUUUCUAAAUGAGCAGCAACUUUCGUUAGCUGCUGCUCUCCUCUCGCAUCUUUCAGAAAAGCUCGAGCUGUUUUUACAUUAGUCAGAUUUCUUGUUCAGUGUUUCAAUGUGCUGCCUCAUGCAUCAUGAGUCAUGGAAGAGAAACAUCAAAUCA